AUGGAUGUGGCCAACAAGUCUACAGUUUGUGAAUUUGUUUUGCUAGGACUCUCUAAUUCCUGGAAACUACAGAUGUUUUUCUUCGUGGUGUUUUCAGUGUUUUAUGUGGCUACAAUGGUGGGUAAUAGCCUCAUAGUCAUCACAGUUAUAGCUGACUCUCACCUACACUCUCCUAUGUAUUUCCUGCUUGCGAACCUUUCUGUCAUUGAUAUGUCUCUUGCUUCAUUUGCUACCCCUAAAAUGAUUACAGACUACCUCACUGGACACAACAUCUCCUUUGAUGGCUGCAUCACCCAGAUAUUUUUUCUACACCUUUUUACCGGUACUGAGAUUAUUUUGCUUAUGGCUAUGUCUUUUGAUCGGUAUAUUGCAAUAUGUAAGCCUCUCCGCUAUGCUUCAAUCAUAAGUCCCCAGGUGUGUGUUGCUCUUGCCAUGGUUUCCUGGGUUGUAGGGAUCAUGCAUUCAAUGAGCCAGGUUAUAUUUGCUCUCACGUUACCAUUCUGUGGUCCUAAUGAAGUAGAUAGCUUUUUCUGUGACCUUCCUGUGGUGUUCCAGCUGGCAUGUGUGGAUACUUAUGUACUGGGCCUCUUUAUGAUCUCAACUAGUGGCAUAAUUGCUUCCUGCUUUAUUCUUUUAUUUAAUUCUUAUGCGAUUGUCCUGGUUACUAUCAAGAAACAUUCUUCAAAAGGAUCAUCUAAGAUCCUUUCUACUUGCACAGCUCAUUUCAUUGUUGUUUUCAUGUUCUUUGGGCCCUGCAUCUUCAUCUACAUGUGGCCACUAAGCAGUUUUCUGAUAGACAAGGUCCUGUCUGUGUUUUAUACCAUCUUUACUCCCAUUCUAAACCCAGUAACCUAUACUUUGAGAAAUCAGGAAGUGAAGACAGCUAUGAGGAAACUGAAGAAUAAGCUUCUGAAUUCUAACAAGACAAUGCCUUUGCAUUAUUUUUAGUUUUAACUUCUAGUUUUACUCCUGGGCAUUAAAGUGUCACAAUGUUUGUAUACACAGCCUGUGUUAAGCUCUUAUUUCUGUGGUUCCUAAUUGCAAUUGUCAAAAUAUGU